AUGGCGACCGUUGUGGUGCAGCAGCAAACGCUGCGACAUUCGACACCUCCACCAACGGGAAUCUCCCCGGCAUUGAGUCUAAACAGAAACCCGUCCCCGAUACCUAACAAGCACCUGCCAGUUUGCCCAACUGGUCCAUCCCCUAUCACCUCCCAGACCUCAUCUCCGGCGGCUAGAAUCGAGAAUGGCGAUCAGACAUCUUCGCUGCUCUAUCCGCCAAGUGCUUUCGUGCAGAUCUCGGAAUCGCCUCGCUUCUAUGCCCUUGAGCCGCAAGCUCUGGCUGCUGCCCUUGAAUACUGCGCUUCUCUGCCGCUGCCGGAUCCCAGUCUAGUCUUUCCGUGGUUGCACGGACUUCACCCCGAGAACCAUUUGCAGUUGGGGUUCUUCACUAAUCGAAAGCGUUCUCUUCGACGUACCCCAAACUGUUGGCGUGGCAUUACCAUCGUGAAAGUUGGGGGCGAUUUGAGUAGAGCUAGGCUCAAGGGAGCCGUGUCGCCUGAGGAGGUUCUCGCGCCGUCGGGUUUCGAAUUCAUCCCCGUCGACCCCCGCGAGGGGUUUUCAGUGCGAAACUUUCAGAUACAAACUGCCAAGCUGGCACCAUUGUCUGAUAUUGUUGUCUACGGCGAUGAGGGUGUCAGUUACAGGCAGCUGCUGGAUGCCGCUGAGCAAUUCGUAACCGCCCAGACCCGCUGGAGGGAACAGAAUGACCCUAAUCAUACAUUACCAGUGUAUAAUACAUUUGUCCUCUCUUGCCCAUUCUCAGAGAUUGAGCAGUCGACGCCAAAUUUGGUCGCCGUCAAUUCCCGAGGCCAGCUAACCGGGCAAAUCAUGGAUUUCUUUCAAUGGGAACGACUGGAAAUGUGUGAAAUGUCGCGUGCUUCAGAAUUCUCGCCCAAUGUUUGGCAAGGACCGACUCCGGAUUAUUUGUUGAGACCUGGUUCCUGCGAGCCUACAACUGGCGACAAGUUCGACCUUUUGGUUGAGACGAGCGAUCAUGCGAGCAUCCCAGGUCCACGAUAUUUAGCUCGACUAAACAAACAGCUUAAUGAUGGUCCCCAGCGGCUGGAAUUUCCUUCAUCCGGGUCCAUUUUGCUUCCGGCAGGAGAAAACAGGGAGGUGGAUGACCUUGUGAGCACGAUUCGAUGGAUUUACUAUCUGGCAAAUCCAGAAGGGCCGGCGCAUCAAACCGAUUCCGAUGGGGACAUUCAUAUGACCACCCAUGCGAAGGGAUCUCGCCGGGUUCUUAUGCAUUGCCCAGAUGGCUAUACCGAGAGUUCUUUGUUGGUUAUCGCAUACCUAAUGUUCGCAGAAGGCAUACCAGCGCAUGAUGCUUGGCUUAGACUCCAUCGCGACAAGAAGCGCAACUUCUUUGCCUAUCCCUCUGAUGUCACAUUCUUGACCAAUGUGGAGUCCAGGUUGUUGCGCGAGAGUCCAGCAACGCGAUCCCACAACUUGACUAUCACUCCUGCUCCUGCUUGGUUCGACCACUGUGAUGGCUCCCUUCCGAGCCGCAUUUUGCCAUACAUGUACCUGGGUAACCUGGCCCAUGCUAAUAACCCAGAAAUGCUAUGGCAACUUGGCAUUCGACGCGUACUGAGUAUCGGUGAAUCCGUUACCUGGAACGAAUCAGAAAUCGCCAAGAUUGGCGCAGAAAACAUCAUGCACAUCAAUCGGGUCCAAGACAACGGCAUAGAUCCAUUGACGCAGGAAUUUGAUCGGUGUCUAGAGUUCAUUCGCAAAGGAAAGUCUGACGGUGCAGCUACGUUGGUGCACUGUCGAGUGGGAGUUUCGCGAUCCGCCACCAUUUGCAUCGCUGAAGUUAUGGCUUCUCUGCAUCUAUCCUUCCCCCGAGCAUAUUGCUUUGUUCGAGCAAGACGGCUCAAUGUUAUCAUUCAGCCCCAUUUGCGUUUCGUCUACGAACUCCUCAAAUGGGAAGAAUUACAGCUACGCAAGAACAACAAACAUGUAAAGCGAGAGCUUGAAUGGGCGACCGUGGCUCGCGAAAUUGCGCUCAUGAACAAACCCUACUCGAGGUAG